AUGGAUUCAAGCGGAGGAACGGAAUGGAAGCUUGGUGCAGCCUUCAGGCUUCAGCGGUGGCAGCUUCAGACGACUUUAAUAUCCGCCAAACAGACCUAUGGAUAUGACCAAACACAGCAACAUAUCGGCAGCAUCAGCUCCCUGCGCGCCGAGGAUGUCAGCCCGCGGCUAGCCUUCCACUAUGGCGUCCCCGCCGACGCCGCCCUCCUCGCCUACGACCCCGUCCUCCACGUCCUUGCCGUUGCCACCAGGAAUGGGCAGAUCAAGCUGUUCGGCCGCGACAACACGCAGGCGUUGCUCCAGUCCCCCUCUCCACUCCCUUCCAGGUUCUUGCAGUUUGCCGAGGGCCAAGGGGUUCUGCUCAAUGUCAACACCCAGAACCAGAUCGAGGUUUGGGACAUCGAUGCCAAAAAACUCUGUUAUCUGCACCCGAUUGAAAAGUCAAUCACUGCAUUCUCUGUGCUGCAGAAGAGCUUCUACAUAUAUGUUGGGGAUAGUUCUGGAAAUGUAUCUCUAUUGAAGCUUGAUUUGGCUCAGAGAUGCCUAGCUGACAUGCCGUACUGGAUUCCUUUUACUGAAUCUUAUGGUUCCACUGCUAGUGCUGGUAAUGAUGCUGAAGUAAUAUUUGUUUCGCCCCAGCCUUUGUCUGAAUUGAACAGGGUGCUCAUUAUCUUCAGAGAUGGGGUUAUGAGUUUGUGGGAUAUUAAAGCUAGCAAAGCAGUAUCCAUAUCUGGUAAAACUAUGCAGCAGCAAUCACAGAAGGAGGCCAAAAAUGUAACAUCAGCAUGCUGGGUUUGUGCCAAGGGAAGCAAAAUUGCUAUUGGAUAUGAUAAUGGCGAUUUAUACAUUUGGGCCGUUCCUGAGAAUGAAGACAAUACAUCAGCUGGCAACCCUAUCACAUCAUUACAGUUUGAUAUGUCCUCUAGCAUUCUGUUGUCUGGAGAAAGGAGUGGAAUGGUCCGUAUUAUCACAUUCAAAAAGGACUCCAGCGACAACAUAUUCUCCUUUUUAAAUGGUACUGUUAUCCUCACACUAUUCCUAAACCCAACAGUUGGUGCUUCUAUCUUGGACAAGGACAUUUUGAUAGCAGCGAUGGAAGAUUCAUCUAUUUUUAUUAUCGAGGAAGAAAAUGGGAAACUUUUGAACCCCAGCCCAGUUCAGACUGACAAACCCUCUAAAGCCCUUCUUCUGCAGAUGUUAGAGUUAUCACCCAAUGACACACCAGCAGUUUCAGAUAACCACGAUACAGUAUCGAAGGAAUCAUUGCUGUUACUUUGCACUGAAAAUGCGAUCCACUUAUUUUCCUUGUGCCACGCAAUUCAGGGCACAAAGAAGAUAACCAAUAAGAAGAAAUUGAGCAGUAGUUGUUGUUUCGCCUCUCUUAUUCAUAGUUCUUCUAAUGACAUUGGACUUAUACUUGUCUUCUCCAAUGGGAAAAUUGAAAUAAGAUCUCUGGCAGACUUGUCCUUGUUGAAGGAUGCCUUUUUACGAGGUUUUGUGUACUCAAGAAACUUGAAUUCAACUAGUUCCAUAGCAUGUUCAUCUGAUGGAGAAACCAUCUUGUUUAAUGGAGAAGAGACCUAUUUUUUCUCUACGCUCUGCCAGGAUGAGAUAUACCGGCAUGUGGACAGCAUUAGUACAGUAUACAGAAAAGAGAGCUCAACCAGGGAAGACUCUUCUUUUGUAGUGAAAUCUCCUAAAGAAAAGAAAAAGGGUCUGUUUGGAAUGAUUAUGAAAGAUAACAAAGGAAGCAAAUCAAAAGAAAGUGCUGCAAAUGGCAGCGAACAAUGUAUUGCAAUGACUUCUGAAGAGCUGGCUUCAAUAUUUUCUUCAACUAACUUUGCUUUGUCAUCUGAGGGAAGGAACAGUUCACUAAGAGAUGAUGAAAAUGUCGAGCUGGACAUAGAUGAUAUCGACAUUGAUGACAACCCACAGAAGCCAAAAGGACCACAUUUCCCUGGUCUAAGCAAAGAGAAAAUCAGCAAGGGACUCCAUACCCUUAGAGGAAAGUUGAAGCCCAAGACUGAAGAAAAGAUAAGCUCAGGAAAGAAAAAGACUGAAGAUGAAACAUCAGUGAGUCAAGUUGAUCAGAUAAAGAUGGAGUAUGGAUAUGCAAAUACAACAAAUGAUGAUUCAACCAGCGUUCCAAAAAUGAUUGGGAACAAGCUGCAGGAGAACAUGAAAAGGUUGGAGGUAGAUGCUUAUGCUUCUCUAACCAGAUCAUGCAGUUAG